AUGGCGGUGGUCUUCCUCACUACCCCCGCCCUCAUCUUGCUUGCCUGCCAGUCAGCUCUGGAGCAGGAAACAACAUUUUGUUUCUCCAUCUCAUUGCAGUCCCUGAUUGUGCCUGGAAAGAGUCCGACGCGGAAGAAAUCCGGCCCAUUCGGUUCCCGGCGGAGCAGCGCCAUCGGCAUUGAGAACAUCCAGGAAGUGCAGGAGAAAAGGGAGAGCCCGACGGGCAGUGCGAAGACGCCAGACGGCAGCCCCACCGGCCAGGAGCCAAAGUCCGGGACCUCCUCCAAUCAGAGCUCGCCAGAGAUGCCCACCACCAAGAACAGGCCAUAUCCGGUGAUGCCCAAGGUGGAAGCCGGGGGCGAAUCCUCCCGCUCUUCUUCCAGCGCCAGCAGCUUUGGCAGCAUGGUGGAGGACACCGAAGGCUGUCGGGAUGAUGCAAGCGGGGAGAGCCACUUCCCCUCGACGCAUUCCCACAAGCGCGAUUCCUUCGUCUACAGCACGUGGCUGGACGACAGCGCCAGCACGCCCAGCGGGGGCAGCUCUCCAGGCCCCUCGCGCUCCCCCCAGCCGGACCCCAGGAAGCCCACGGACCCGCCUUGCCCGGAGAUCCAGAUCCAGCUCGAACACGCGGACCAGCAGCCCCCCCACCUGAGCUGCUAACCUCCCUGCUGUCUCGUGGAUGUGCCUCUUGAGCAGCUCACGGCAAAGAAGCACAAGCCAAGGUGACGGCGGAGAAGCCCUCCUCUUCAUCUCGGGCCACACGACGACGAUGACGACCCUCCCAACCAGCAAGUCCCGCUCCCCCUGACCCUACAUUUUAAGCAGCUGCUUCUCUUCUCCCUUCCGGCUACGUCCAGCGGCUUCCUUCCAUCGCGGUGCAAGGGACGGCAUUCCUUCUGGGCCCUGGACUCUCUGGGCCUCCAUUUCUCCCCCUCCUCACCCACUUCCAUGAGCUGUGCUCAAAGAUGCCCCCCUCCCCAGUUCCAUCCCUAACCCAAACCCUCGUGGAGUCCAAA